ACUAUUUAUAAUGGACAUAUACAUUUGCUCAUACCUUUGUCACCCUGGUUGACUAACGGACAGGAACUAUUUUGGCAAGAUUUAUUAACCAACUGGACCAGCUUGACCAUUCUAAAAAGAUGGCGGCAGUCAAUCGAGACGAAGAAGGAGGCCACUCCAUCCCUCGCACACGCCGCUCGAGCAUGAUCGAAACAUACGAGCGACUCGGAGAAAUCAGCCCUCUGACCGGUCACACACACCCCUCCCAACAAGAAACCGGCCAUUUUCUGCCUGAAACAACCCCCGAGAGGAGACAAGUAUCGACAACAGAUCGGUCUCUCGAGAAGGACGCCGACCUUGCGGACAAGGUUACUACCCAUCAUUUCGAGGAGAUCGGAGACGGAAACCCACCGCCUGACGAAACCGUUCUAUACCUUGCCUACGGCUCGAACCUAUGCUCGGAGACAUUCCUGGGAAGGCGAGGCAUCAAGCCGCUCUCUCAAAUCAACGUCGUCGUCCCAGAUCUAUGGCUCACCUUCGAUCUCCCAGGCAUACCAUAUCUUGAGCCUUGUUUUGCAGCAACUCGACUUCGAAAACCCCCAGUCCAAGAAAAAGACAAUGCUUUAGACGGGAACGCUACAAUGGAGGAGGCCUCGCGUCUCCUCCAUAAGGACGACCCCGACUAUAACCCCAGCAUGCCCCUCGUCGGCGUCGUCUACGAGGUCACCCUCACAGACUACGCCCGGAUAAUCGCAACAGAGGGCGGAGGACGCGGAUACGAAGACAAAGUCGUCGACUGCUACCCCUUCCCGAAGGCCUACAACCCCACAGACCCUCUCCCUGAGCGUCCAAGCACGAAGCCCUUCAAAGCCCACACGCUUCUAUCCCCUGCCGUUGCCGAGGACUUACUGGUAGCUACUACACAAGACCAAGCUCUCACGAGCCGGAAACAAUGCGGUUUCGUCUCGCGCUUUAGCCCUCUCAUCCGCCCGAACCCAUUCUACGCCCAGCCUUCGGCUCGCUAUCUCAACCUGAUCAGCAUGGGCGCCGCUGAGCAUGACUUUCCCGUUGCGUACAGGACAUAUCUUGCUGGGAUUCAGCCUUAUCGUAUAACUACCCUGCGGCAGAAGGUGGGCAAGGUGCUGUUUGCGGGUGUAUGGAUGACGCCGGUACUUUUGGUCUUGCUUUUGCAGAGGAUUUCUGCGGGCUCGGAUGGACGCAGUCCCCCUUGGCUGGUUAGAUUGGCGGAUGCUGUCUUUUUUGCCAUGUGGCGGUCGUAUGAUAAUGUGUUUCGGGGUGUCUUUGGGGAUGGGGAAAGGACAAUCGAUGAUGGUACUGCGCGGUCAUAAUUUUUUGUCCGAUCUAGAUAAAAGUAUUCAGGUGAUGACGCUAUCCUCACUGGUGAUUGUAUAAUAAAAAGACUGGUUUUUAAUAA